GCGAGGGAUUACAAAAAGCCUCGCCUUCCCAAGUGCCUGUGCGUGGUCCCUCAGGCAGGAAGUCGAACUUCUGUCGCUUUCGCUCUUUUCCCACUUCCUUGCGGCGGCCAUGGCCCGCGCCUUGGCAUGCCUGCGCAUAACCUUGCCCUCUUGGUCAGCGGUUGCCGCGCGGCUGCUGCGGAACUGCUGGGACCGCGUGGAGGGAACGCUUCCCCCGGGCCUUUCUGCUGGCUUCCAGGGCCCUUCCUGGGGCCCAGCGCUGGCCGUGCAGGGCCCGGCAGACGCCCGCGGUGGGGAGGGGCCUCCCGGCUUUCUGGAGGGCGUGUGCUGGAUGGCGGCCCCCAAGAACCGGCGCACCAUCGAAGUGAAUCGAUGCAGGAGGCGAAGCUCCCACAAGCAGCUUAAAACAAAGAGCAACAUCGACGUGUGCCCCGAAUGCGGCCAUCUGAAGCUCAAGCACGUCCUGUGUGGCUACUGCUACGGGAAGGUCCGUGCCGAGACCGCGCAGAUCAGGAAGCAGAUAGGGGUGCAGGAGGGGGGGCCCCUGAGGGCCCCCGCCGUGGAGACGGUGGUCCUGUACCGCGGGGAGAGCCCCUCCGAGGAGGACCGAGGCAAGAGGGUCAUCGAGCGGGACAGGAAGCGGCCGUCCUGGUUCUUCAGGGGCUGACGUCGCCCCCGCCCAGCACGACUGGCAACGUGGACUCGGGGUUCUUGGGGGUUCCAGGCCCGUCCCCGGCUCUCCCUGGCCCUGGAAUCGGCCUCGGAUGCCGAAUCGACCGUGUCUGAGCCCAGAACUGGCGACGCAGCCUCCGCGGGCUCUUCCCAUCAGGGUCAGACCUGGCUUUAUUGGGGCGUCAUUAAACUAACGUAAAGUGGGGAAAUUCGAA